AUGAAGGGCAAGAACUGGUUCUGUUUUGACAUCAUGGUGGUGAACAAAGCAACGUGUCUUUUGGACAGCUCCUGCUGGUCGGAGUUUCUCAUUAAAGUGGCGUAUAGAAGAACCAGGUCGGAGUCUUGGGGCAGUUGCGAAACACCGUCGAAUAUGACAGACCAGUUGGGCACUUUCUUACCGCUUUCAGCGAAAGCCAGUGUCGUCAAAACCCACACACUUCCAGCAGACUGGAAGUCAAGCUUCUCCAGCACGGAACUGUACACGAGCUCGCCGUCAGAGACGUGUUCGAGAACUUCCAUCAAAAUGUCAGACAGUACGGCGGUCUUGGAUUCCGACUGCUGA